CUCAACGGGGCAAGGCAGUGAGGAGCUAGAAGCGGAGCGCUGGAAGAGAAGGCCCCUGCUCGUCGUGCUGACCCGUACUCCCUACUCUCCUUGUCAAACAUGAGGUGGAGACACAGAGUGGAUGGCGUGCUUUAUCACAUCAGGAACACAAAGACAUUCUCUCAGGUCGAGAAUUUUUUCCGGGGGUCUUUCAAUAACCGGUCGAUGGUGGCAUCGAUCGCUGCUCUGGCUGUGUUUGGGCUGCUGUCAAUCUGGCUGGCAUGGAGCAGCAUGAGCACAAGGACUCGUAGAACCCAGAUCCUGAAGCCAACGCAGAAGCUCAUCGAUGCUGCUUCGUAUGGUGACGUGGCUACACUUCGAAAGAUCUUGAAGGGUGGAGUUUCCGUCAACUAUCGAGACAGGCUGGGGAGGACGGCGUUGAUGUCAGCUGCAGAGGCCGGACAAGAUGCUGUGGUGAUGGCCCGCUGCGAGCCGAGCUGACCUGGCUCUUCCUCCUCUUCCUCCUCCACCUCCUCUCGUUCUCGUCCUCCCCUCCUGCUGGCCCACACCCUCCAUCCAGCCCUGGCGCCACCUUCUUAAUCUUGCUCUUUGCCUCUCGAUGUUGCGUUUGUUCUUCUGUCCCUCUCCUCCCAUCUGCGGCUCAACCCUCUCUUGAGCUGGGAGUGCAGGUGGCAGAGCUGCUGGGCAAGGGAGCGGAUGCAGACAUUCAAGACUCGUCGGGGUGGA